CGUGCGCCGACCGUGAUUGGUCAGCGUAGGUGGAAGUGUUACAAACGCUAUCAUUCACAAAGUAACAAGAAUACAUUACAAUAGUGUUAAAGAAUGCAAUUAACUUUAAAAUAGUAGGUCUAUUUAGAUCAAAUUUACACGCGGAUCUUUUGAAGUUCACGUAAAACAAGUUUUGGGGCGUAUUGUCCGUUUCUUCACUGAUUUAUCAGCAGAUCACACUUGAAAGAUUGAUUAAAGUUAUAUGGUUUCAAAAAUGUCCUCUAAAAUGGUGGGCUCAAACAACCUGGCACAUGCUAAGAGGAUGGUACAGCAACUGAGAGUCGAGGCCAGUAUUGAGAGGAUAAAGGUAUCCAAGGCCUCAGCUGACCUCAUGCGUUACUGUGGAGAAAAUGCCAAAUACGACCCCCUGCUCAUGGGCAUCCCUGCCUCAGAAAACCCCUUCAAGGACAAAAAGCCCUGCACUAUAUUGUAGUGUAAUUACUUCUACUCAACUUUGCCUCAAGUUCGGCUCUUACUUCUUAGUUUAACUUUGUGCCAUGUCUUAACUGUAUUUAGUUCUUACAGUAUUUAUUACUGUAAAUAAACUCCAAUCAGUACUAAUGAAUAUUGAUUAGAAUCGAAUCUCAUCUUUACCAGCAUCACUUGUCUCCUGUUUGGUUGUUUGGGCCAAACUGAAAUGAUCCUAUAAAUCAAGCCAUUUAGAUGUUUUAAAAUGGCCUUAAGUUCCUCUUUCCACCAAAUGAUGUCUUUAGUUACAUUUUGUUUGAAAUAGGGAAGUAGCACAUCACAUUAUGAUACAAGGAGCUUGCAACUACAUUAACUGAUUAAGUCUCACUUAACCUGUGUUAUAUAUUCCUCUAGCAGUACAUAUGAAUAAUGUUAUAGCAAGGAGACUUACUGAAAUAAAUGGAAUUUAAAGAUCCAUGUUUUGCUUUGGAUUAUGAGUCUAAUGUGACUUCUGCAAUCACUGUUUAAGUGGAUGCUGGGUAAAUAAAACAGAGUAAAUCACACAAAUACUGUUUUGUUCUCAAUUAUAGGCACUACCACUAUGCGCAAAAAACCAUUAGAGACGAGUUACUGGUGUGCUUUAUAGGAAAAGAGAACUGAUUACCUUGCACUUUCAAACUUAUGUGCCUUAGAUUGUUCAAAUCAGUCCUCACUUAUUACAAAUAUACACAAAUGAAAAGAUGACGUUUUAUCUGUUGACACUGAGUAACUUUUCUGUUCUGUUUAGAUUUAAAGUGCCUUUUCCUUCUGAUUUAAAUGUCUUUUUCCUGUGCCUAGGACAUUUGUAAAACAAAGACCACUGUUGUUUGAUCUUGUCUAUGAAUUGAAUGGAUUUUUUCCCAAAAAGGGCAGUUGUGAAACAGUCACACCUUUACUGGGCCAAGCAUCCAUAUACUGAUGCUACAACAUCUGUAUUAUUGUGGAGACAUCAGAGAAGUUAUGCAGUAUUUGAGAUUCACAACCAAAUACUUGUGACCUCAGUAUAUCUUUGAAGAAACAAGUUUCCUUUUGUUCUUUUUGGUGUUUAUUUCUAUUCUAAUUUCUGUAUUUUUGCAAGCCUUCAUAACAUGUGCUAUGUGUACUGUACCUUGAAAGAAAGAUUUUAUUAAAAUUGUGAAAUAGUAAAACUA